ACUCGCUAGGGCGAGAGCACUCCAAGCAGCGAGCACCCCCCGGCAGGCAGCCUGCAUCAUUUUGUCGUGAGGACUCCUGCGUCCGACCUAUUCGACACCGGCGAGGCUCUGCGACUGGUGAUACUCUCGUUUUUGCAUUCUAGUUGACUCUUCUGCACGCUCGUUGCUCCUAAUAAUCGUGUUCCGAGCGCGUUGCUUGCCGCUCGCGUGCGUGUGUCUCCUGAGUCUCUGCAUCUGUUCCAUUCCGCAGCAAAACACGACCCAGCGCCAAUCGCCUGAGCACCGCUCCCCCAGCCCUCUCCACCGCGCUGCAGCUUCGCCCGUAGCUGUCUGACGCCCACGUUCGCUCCACGCUCCCACCGGGACGCGUCUGCCCAUCAUGGCCAACACUUCGUUUGGCGGCAACAUGCCCCAAUACAUGCAGCCGUCGCUGCCCGCCCUGGGCCAGCACCUGCAGUCCGACACACAUCUCACGGCUCAUCUCGCCAGCCGCUUUCACGCCCACCUGCCGACCUCGACGCUCUCUUCCCACGCAUUAAUUUCUCUCAACACAUACACCGAUUCCAGCCGAGGUCCGGAGGGAGGGAAGGAUGGCAGCGCCCAGCAGGCUGCCGAAGACAUGGCCCAGCGCGCCUACAUGCGAUUGGGCCUGCGCUCUGAAGAUCAGGCCGUGGUCUUUUUGGGCGAGUCGGGUGCUGGCAAGACCACCAUCCGCGGGCACAUGCUGAGGGCAUUUCUCUCGUACUCGGCAACUCCGCUGUCCAAGAAGAUCGAACAUGCCAACUUCAUCUUCGAUGCGUUUACGACAACCAAAUCGACUACGACCCCAACAGCCUCCAAGGCGGGCCUGCUGCUUGAGCUGCAGUACAAGACGGCAACCUCGCACCACGCAACCCUCAUCGGUGCCCAGUUCCUCGCUCAUCGUCUGGAACGCGGCCGUAUCGCGACCGUUCCGACUGGCGAGCGCAGCUACCACAUUCUGUAUUAUCUCCUACAGGGUACUAGUCUGGCCGAGAAGAAGCAUUUAGGCCUGGACAUGGUCGGUGAUGGAGCCGGAAACCGCACCUCGCUCACGGCCAACAAACGAUGGCGUUAUCUGGGCCACCCCUCGCAGCUCAAGGUGGGCAUCGACGAUGCCAGAGGCUUCCAGGAUUUCAAGACCGCGUUACGCAGGCUCGAGUUCUCGAAGCAGGACAUCGCCGGUAUCUGUGAAGUCAUGGCCAUCAUCCUCCACAUUGGCCAGCUGGAGUUCGAAAGCGGCCAGUCUACCACCCCCACGGCAGACGACAGCGGAGGUUACUCGCACGAAGGUGGUGAGACAAUUACAAUGGUGAAGAAUAAGGAGUCAUUGGAGCCCAUUGCCCGUUUCCUGCAGGUCACCAUGAAUGAUCUCGAGCAGAGCUUGCGAUACAAGACCAAGACAUUGUACCGUGAGCGUGUCACAGUCAUGCUCGACCCGAAAGGUGCUCGAGCAAACGCCGAUGAGAUGGCACGGACUCUUUACUCGCUGCUGGUUGCCUAUGUCAUGGAACAGGUGAACUCCAGGAUAGCUGCUCUGCCUGAUGAGGUCAACAACUCGGCGUCUCUGGUCGAUUUCCCCGGCUUCGCUCCUUACUCGGGUACUGGUUGCAACCUGGACCAGCUCCUCAAUAACUCAGCUAAUGAGUUCCUGUACAACUACUACUCACAGACUUUCUUCGAGCGCCAGAUGAGGGAAAUUGAGCAGGAGGAGAUCAACCUACCUCAGAUUCAGUACUGGGAUAACACCGAGGCCAAGACGGGUCUUUUGAAGUCUGGAAAUGGUCUUCUCAGCAUCCUGGAUGAUCAGACACGCCGCGGUAAGACCCAUAUGCAGUUCCUCGAGGCUAUCCGCAAACGAUUCGAUGGCAAGAAUGCCUCCAUUGAGCCUGGCAAACUUAACGUCACGCAACCUGGCAGCAAUUUCCCGACACCCAACACAUCUGUCACUUUCACAGUCCGCCAUUUUGCCGGUGAGGUCGAAUACAAUGCUGAAAACUUCAUGGAAGAGAACGCUGAGAUUAUUUCGGGCGACAUGAUGAACCUUCUCAGAUCCUCUCAGAGCUCUUUCGUGCAAGAGCUCUUCGGACAAGAGGCUUUGAAGAAGGUGACUCACCAGAAGGACAAGUCUGCUAUCCUACAAGCUACUGUCAGUUCAAAGCCCAUGAGAAUGCCCAGCAUGGCACGCCGUAAAACAGAAAAAGGUGGUAGGAUGGGUCGGCCAGUCAACGUCUUUGACGAGGAUGCGAUGAGCGAGGCCGACAGUACGGUAUCGGGAUCCAAGAAAGGCGACUCUGCUAAGCAGACUGGCGCCGCCGGCCAAUUCCUGAGCUCUCUCAAAACCAUCGAAUCUUCCUUGCGCAAGGCCAACCCCUACUUUGUGCUCUGCCUCAAGCCCAAUGACAGGAGGAUCGCCAACCAAUUUGACAGCAAGUGCGUGCGGAUACAAGUUCAGUCCUUGAACAUCGCUGAGGUUAGCCAGCGGCUUCACGUUGCCGACUUCAGCGUCUUCCUACCCUUUGCCGAGUUUCUUGGCCUUGCCGAGUUGGACAGGUCUCUCGUUGGUAGUGAGAGGGAGCGGGCAGAGACGGUGCUUGACAGCAAGCCUUGGCGUGAGACAGAGGUAAGGGUGGGUACCACUGGUGUCUUUCUGAGCGAACGGUGUUGGACUGAGAUUGCCAACGUCGGCGAUAUCUCCCCCCCAGCUCAUGGGCCGACCGACGACACUCUGACUCCUGAUGCGCCUCGAUCCUUUGGCGAUCCCAGGUCUGGUCUUCUUGCACCUUCGCCGGGAGGCUACUACCACGACAAAACUGGUAGCUACUUUGGCAGCAAGGACAUCGACGCCAGAUCCGAGGCGCCUUCCGCUAUUACCAGCGGAGGAGACAUGUUCCAUGGCCUGGAGCAACCCAAGAUCCUUGACGAAAAAGCCGAAGUGAACGCGCUGGAGGAGGUGGAUGUUCAGCCUGUCUCUGGCAGCCGCAAGCGCUGGCUUUUCGUCGUUUAUGCCCUGACGUUCUUUAUCCCCGACAUCUUCAUCAAGUGGUUUGGAAGAAUCAAGCGCAAAGAUGUCAGGGUCGCUUGGCGAGAGAAGCUGGCCAUCAACAUGCUCAUCUGGCUCGCUUGCGCUUUCGUCGUCUUCCUCAUGAUUGGGUUCCCAAGGCUCAUUUGUCCUACUCAGCACGUCUAUUCGACCGCUGAAUUGACAUCGUACAACGGAAAAGACAACAACGAUGCUUACAUUGCUAUCCGUGGCAUUGUAUAUGAUCUCGGAAAGUUCAUUCCAGCUCACUACCCCUCCAUCGUCCCCGAUGCUUCUUUGGAGAAGUAUGCUGGAAAGGACGCUACCAACCUUUUCCCGGUAGAUGUGUCCGCACUCUGUGUUGGCAUUGACGGAUCAGUGCACCCUGGUCUCAAACUCGACUUCAGGAGCUCCAAUUACACCAACCAGCAGAACCUCGUUUCCACCACCGAUCAGAAUGCCAAGUUCCACGAUUUCCGCGCGUUCUGGAAUGACUCUCGCCCUGAUUGGUGGUUCGAGCAGCAGGUUUUCCUCAAGUCCAACUACAUGAAGGGACGUGUUGGUUACAGCCCCCAGUACCUCAAGACUCUGACGAAAUCGGGGAAGUCCAUCGCUUACAUGUACGGUAGAGUAUAUGACUUCACAGACUAUAUCGUGGGUGGACGCUCCAUCCAACCCCGGGCUGACGGCAAGAGUUGGCCCAGCAACUACAACACCAACACCGACUUCAUGGACGACUCCCUUGUUGACGUUUUCAGAGUGCAGUCCGGCACCGACGUCGCUAAAUACUGGGAGGGACUCACCCUAAGCGCCGACAAGAAGAAGGCCAUGAAGACUUGCAUGGACAACCUGUUCUAUGUGGGAGACCUCGACACCAGAAGCUCGGCUAAGUGCGAAUUCGCCAAGUAUUUCCUGCUGGCUAUCUCGCUUCUUCUCGUCAGUGUUAUCGGAUUCAAGUUCUUCGCCGCACUCCAGUUCGGACGGAAGAGCGUACCGGAGAACAUAGACAAGUUCAUCAUAUGCACUGUGCCAGCGUACACCGAGGACGAGGAUUCCCUGCGUCGUGCCAUCGAUUCGGCGGCGCGGAUGAAGUACGAUGACAAGCGCAAACUCAUCGUAAUCGUGUGUGACGGCAUGAUUAUCGGACAAGGCAACGACAAACCUACCCCUCGCAUUGUACUAGACAUUCUCGGUGUAUCAGAGACCGUUGACCCCGACCCUCUGAGCUUUGAGAGUCUUGGCGAAGGUCAAAAACAACACAACAUGGGCAAAUGUUACUCUGGUCUGUACGAGGUGCAGGGUCACAUCGUGCCUUUCCUCGUUGUGGUCAAGGUUGGAAAGCCGUCCGAAGUCUCCAAACCCGGCAACCGUGGAAAGCGUGAUUCUCAGGUCCUUCUCAUGCGAUUCUUGAACAGGGUCCACUACAACCUUCCCAUGAGUCCUUUGGAGCUCGAGAUGCAUCAUCAGGUCCGCAACAUCAUCGGUGUCAACCCCACUUUCUAUGAGUUCAUAUUGCAAAUCGACGCAGACACUGUCGUUGCUCCAGACUCCGCCACCCGUUUCGUUGCCGCCUUCCUUCACGAUACUCGCCUGAUUGGUGUUUGCGGAGAAACGUCGCUCACCAACGCCAAGCACUCCUUUGUCACUAUGAUGCAGGUCUACGAAUACUUCAUCUCGCACAACCUCACCAAGGCCUUCGAAAGCUUGUUCGGCUGCGUCACUUGUCUUCCUGGUUGUUUCUCCAUGUACCGCAUCCGAGCCGCCGAGACCGGAAAGCCUCUGUUCGUCAGCAAGGAAGUGUUGGAAGCGUACCAGGAAAUUCGCGUUGACACCCUUCAUAUGAAGAACCUGUUGCAUCUCGGAGAGGACCGAUACUUGACCACCUUGCUUCUCAAGUUCCACUCCAAGUACAAGACCAAGUACCUUUUCCGAGCUCACGCCUGGACUGUUGCUCCCGACAGCUGGGCGGUCUUCAUGUCUCAACGUCGUCGCUGGAUCAACUCUACGGUGCACAACCUGCUCGAGCUCAUCCCUCUGCAGCAGCUUUGUGGAUUCUGCUGUUUCAGUAUGCGCUUCGUCGUCUUCUUGGAUUUGAUCUCAACCAUUGUCAUGCCUGUUACAGUUGUCUACAUUGGCUAUCUCAUCUACCAGGUCAUUGUGCAGCCAGGAAUCGUUCCCAUGACUGCUUUCAUCUUGUUGGGUGCCAUCUAUGGUCUACAGGCUAUCAUUUUCAUCAUUCGCCGCAAGUGGGAAAUGAUUGGUUGGAUGAUCAUCUACAUUCUUGCCACCCCGGUGUUCUCCUUUGGUCUUCCGCUAUAUGCUUUCUGGCACAUGGAUGAUUUCUCCUGGGGUAACACUCGUAUCAUCCAGGGUGAGGCUGGCAAGAAGGUUAUCGUGUCCGACGAGGGCAAAUUUGACCCCGCCAGCAUCCCAAAGAAGAAGUGGGACGAGUACCAGGCCGAGAUGUGGGAACAGCACACGAUGCGCGACGAUCGCUCUGAGAUUUCUGCCUUCUCUUACGGGACGAAACGAUUCAUGGGCAUGAACGGUAGCGGCUCCGUUGUUGGGUCUGAAUAUGGGCAAAUGCCGCCAUCUCGGCCAAUGUCCCACUUCAACAUGCCUUAUGGCAACGGGUCCCGGAUGAGCCUCGCCCCGAGCGGCUAUGGCGGCUACGACAGCAGCGUCGAGAUGGGCAACCUCAUGAGCAUGCCCUCUGACGAUGCAGUGUUGGCCGAGAUCCGCGACAUUCUUGCUUCGUCGGAUCUCAUGAGUGUAACCAAGAAGCAGAUCAAGCUGGAACUGGAGAAGAGAUUUGGUAUGGACCUCACACCAAAGAAGGCCUUCAUCUCCAGCGCCGUGGAGUCCCUCCUCGUCGGCCAAACGCAGUAGCGUCCAGCCACCGACUCACGCAUCAACAUCUUACCAUCUGCAGCGUACGUACCCACUCACGAUCGUAUGGUCUAGCAAAAGUCGCUUCAUUCUUUGAUACUAUCGUAUUCUUACUACCUUGUUCGCGGGUCGGGGGAAGGUACACUUGUCUAUAUAUACAGCUACCUAAUCACGCCUCUAAAGCAUAGCAUUCCUUUUUAUUAUCGCGGGAAAUGGAUUGGGCGUUCAAUUUUGGAUUUGUACAAGGGUUGCGAGAAUGGGUGCAUGGGCAG